AUGGCUUCGUUCAUCACCACCAUGUCUGUCCCCGCUGCCCCCGCCCCUGUUCACCUGUCUGCACCCGCCGAGGCGACCUCGCGCUCCCCACCACCUCGCACCCCUUCGCUCAAUCUGAGCCCCUCGGGCAUCUACCAGACCACCCGCACCUCCCACCUUCCCCUCCUCGAGCCUCCAUCUUACCUUUCCCCGGCUGUGCGCGCGCUUAAACAAGGUUGCCUUGGACUAACGCCUCCCAGCAAUGCGCGGACGCGAGCCCCCUUCAAGCCCCGGUCCGCCGCCAAGGGCACGAGCAGUUACCAGCUGAGGCAAUUCGCCGAAGCCACCUUGGGAAGCGGCAGUUUGCGCAAGGCUGUCAAGCUCCCCGAGGGCGAGGACUUGAACGAAUGGCUCGCUGUGAAUGUGGUCGAUUUCUACAACCAGAUUAACCUCCUCUACGGCUCCAUUACCGAAUUCUGUUCUCCACAGACAUGCCCCGAGAUGAAGGCAACCGAUGAGUUCGAGUACCUUUGGCAAGACUCAGAGAACUACAAACGGCCCACCAAGAUGUCUGCUCCAGAAUAUAUCGAGCACCUGAUGAGUUGGGUGCAGAGCAACAUCGAUAAUGAGCAGAUGUUCCCCAGCCGAAUUGGCGUACCUUUUCCCAAGACCUUUUCCAGCCUUCUCCGUCAGAUUUUCAAGCGUUUGUACCGGGUUUACGCCCACAUCUACUGCCACCACUACCCCGUCGUUGUGCAUCUGGGUCUCGAGCCCCAUCUAAACACCAGCUUCAAGCACUACGUGCUGUUCAUCGACGAGCACAAGCUGGCGAGCGGCAAGGAUUAUUGGGGACCUCUUGGCGACCUGGUGGACAGCAUGCUGAAGAGCGACUGA